AUGUCUGACACCGACAGCCUUGAUUACCUCCAAACGGGCUUCGACCCAUCGAGUUUGACAGUCCCGCGACUGCGAUCGAUUCUAGUCUCUCAUGAUAUCAAAUACCCUUCAGGCGCGAAGAAGCCUCAGCUCGUCCAGAUCUUCACCGACAAGGUCUUGCCACAAUCACGCAAGAUCCUGUCAGCGAGAUCGCGCGCGAAAAGGACAAGCAGAGGGAUCACAGAUGCAGAUUCUCAGGAUAGCACGGUUGCAGACGAGGAGGUGAUGCCACCGCCUCCCACUCCACGAGCCAGAGCAUCUAGAAGAACGACCCGGGUGAAGUCAGAGGAGAGCGAGUCGGAUGUUUCGGUCGCGAGGAGUCCAACAAAGAGAACAAGAACACCUAGCACCAAACACCCCAGAGCUUCCGAUACUGAGACUGGAACUGAUCCUGAUGCUAUCCAUAAGUCUAUUCGGAAGUCACGGAAAAGCGAGGCGCCAACUCCCGCCGCUCCAGCACUCCCGCCGAUGAGACCUGAGAUUGUGGAUGACGGAGCUGGCGUAUCGAGAAGGGAGAGUGCUUUCACCUACGAUAACCCAUUCCAGAGUGGUAGCUCUCCGCCACCAGGCUUAAGCAGUGGCGAAAGAAAACUGCGAAAGAGCCUGGGUUCUAGUGUAAGCCGAGAGAGGAAGAGCAUGUCAAACUCGAGACGAAGCACUUCCAGACCACAAGCGGAGGAUGGAUUUCACCCGCCGACCUCUUCAACAUUCGAGAUACCAGUCAGCGCAUUGAAUGGCAUGAAGGAUGUCGAUGAAAAUGGGGUUGAGGCCAGUGAGGAAUUUACACCCGAAGAGCAACUAGCAUUGGUCCAAGAUAUUGCUGCCAACGGAGAAAGUGCUGUUGGACCACUACGACCAAAGAGAAAACAAAACAGAGGAAUCAGCAAGAAAGGCCCACUCUCGUUUGCCUUAUUCGCCCUUCUUAGUGGUUAUGGCUUUUGGUAUCGACAAGAGAAACUUGCAGUUGGAUACUGUGGUGUUGGCCGAGAUGCAACACCAGUCAUUCCAGCAGGAGUUGAGGUCCCAGAUUGGGCUAGGAUUCUGCAUGCUUACUGCUCCGCCAAUAUGGAGACCACUUGCGAAUUGGACUUCGUGAAGAAGCCACACCCUAUGUCUCUUGGAGACCUGGUGCCUUUGCCCCCAACUUGUGAACCAGAUGGGGAAAAGGUGCGCAGAGUGAAAGCUGUGGCUGAUCGCGCAGUCGAGGAGCUUCGAGAGAGAAGAGCGAAGUUUGAAUGUGGCGAGUUGACCAAUGAAGCUGGGCAACCAGAGCCAACUGUUGAGAUUGAUGCAGAAGAGCUGAAGAAAGAAGUCAGCAAGAAGCGGAGGAAGGGUAUGAGUGAGGCUGAAUUUGAAGAGUUGUGGGGUGGAGCGAUUGGUGAGAUUCAAGGGCGAGACGAGGUCAUGAGCGUUGCUGAUGGUUCCUCCCUCGCACGCCUCCCCCUCGUCUGUGCCAUCAGACGAUCCUUCCGACUCACUGUGGCAAGACAUCGCCUCAAAAUUGCUUCUAUAGCCAUUUUCCUCUCCAUAAUCGCCUACAUUCGCUCCACCCUCCAUUCACGCGCUACAGCUAACGCCGCCGUUCCUCAUCUCGUCUCUCUCACUCUUGAAAGACUAGCUACUCAAGCCGCCCUCCACGCAGCAGACAAAGACGCCUAUCCAGAAGACUUCAUCAGCAUAGGCCAGUUACGUGAUGAUGUCCUUCGCGAUGAACACAGCAUCAAAAAACGUGCCGCAUUAUGGGAACGCGUCAAGCGGAUCGUGGAACACAAUUCCAACGUAAGAAUCGGGCAACGAGAAAGCCGAAACGGCGAGAUUUCCAAGGUCUGGGAAUGGGUCGGCAACGUCGCGAGUCUAGAAAGUGGUUACGAAGGUGCCAAACGGAGGAAAUCGGGGAGAAGAGGAGGUGAGAAGGGUAGUCGAGAGUAA